GUAACUUUUAGGUUAUUAUACUUUUACAAGUAGAGUUCUAUAACUCGAUGGUAGUCUCUCUAUACAACAAUGCCUGUGAGACGCAAUGAAAUCAAUUGUUCCUUUCCUUGACAAAAUGUCUAGGGAUCUUAGUGUGAGCUAGCUUAUUCGUUUAGCUAUCUGGUUUCAAUCAAGAUCAAGGUGAUGCUAAAAGGGCAUCUAAAACUUGGUUUCUUAUUGUCUAUGAAGGCUCAGCUGACGUUGUGGUAUGAGUCAAUGAUUGCAUCAGAAAGUACUCACAUUUCGCCAUAUAUAAUCAGGCCAAUGAUAACCUGCUGUCUUUAGUCAUGUACCAAAGACCGAUACAAACUUGAAAAGCCUUGUCUUAACAAAGGUAGAUAUAUGUAUCCAGUGAGUAAUCACAUUUUGAGCAUAACUGAGCUUUACCGAGGCCGUAAGAAACUCUAGAUUAAUUUUGCAAUUUUAGAAUUUCAAGAUGUUUUUUCAUAGGGAAUCUUUACAUAUUGUUUUACAUGCACUUUCUUCCCAUACAACUCAGUUUUUGGGUCCCAUAAUUUUAUUUAUUUAUUUAUACAUUUUCUUAAAAAAAUGAAUACAAAUCUGCAAAUCAGUGGACCCGGUCUUGCAUUUUCACAUCGACAUUAAAGGAAAAAGAAAUCAAUUUUAUCUUAGGAGAAAAAUACAAGGAAAGAAAAAUAAAGAGAAUAAUGAAGCGAGCCCUCGUAUAUAACAACAACAUCCAUCAAUCUUUUUCUCCUUAUCGAUAUUUCAACUUCCUUCUCUCUCUCUCUCUCUUCUCUCUUCGCUUUCUCUUUUGUAUCUGAUACCCUUUGAUUACCGUAACGUCGAUCAUGAAGAAGGUUACAACGGCAUCGACUAAGAGGGCGGCAAAGGAUCAGUGGGUGGCGGCGGCGAUGACCGACGACCAGAUGGUUGUAGAGCUUCUAAUAAGGCUGAAGCAUGCGGGGACGACGGUUUCAGAGAAUCCCUCGACGAAUCUGCCUCCGUUGCAGUGGGGAAUCCGUCGACGGAGGUCACGACCUUCAAGAUUUGGCGGCGGUGGUGGCGGCGGCGUUCUGGUUACGUUGAAGAAGGAUGUAGAUUCCGCAAGAGGCAGUCCGAAGACUCCUCUCUCAUGGAGCGACGGAUCUGGAACUGGCGGCGGAGCCUCUGCAUCUCCUCCCUCCGCCGUAGGAGUCGAGGAUAUUAGUCGUCAAGCUAGCUGCUCCACGUCAACAGUAUACGGAUCUAAGGCUUUUCCAACAAACGUAAUCACAAGUUCCUUUUCCAAGAGACUGAAGAGAAAGAAGUUAAAGUCAUUUUCGGAGCUUAAAUACGAAGAGAACUUGAAGUUGAAGGAAAGACUCGACCUUCAAAAGGAGAUUGCGAGUCUCCGAGCAACGUUAGACGAACAAAACGUAAGGAACCAAAGGUUGAAAAGGAUUAAGCUUGACUUGAACUCAGGCCGUAUCAAGAACGAGACUCCGGUUAAUAUGAUUCAUAAUUCACAACGCGAAUCAAAAUGCUGCAGAGUAGAGAGCAACAAAACUGCUAGCUUCUUCCUCCCUGAUUUGAACAUGGCACCAUCCGAGGACGAGAUAUUGCAUGGAACUAGCUAAGUGGCUGCCUAUCUGAAGAUUUUUUAGAUCUCAAUCUUAUCACAAUCAAGAAGGGAGCCAUAGACUUUGCACAAACAAAAGUGAAUGUAAUAAGAGGUGUAAUGUCUCCUCACAUCAUUCUUUGUGUUCUGUUUCCUUCCUUUUUGAGUGUAAAACACUCAUUACUUCUUGGUUUUUAUUGAGAAGGUGGUGGAAAUUAGGUUCUUUAACUUUUUGUUUCUCUCACUAUUGUAUCGAUUCGUUGUAGUUAAAAAAGCUUUUUGUUGGAAAUUGUUACUAACAGGACAAAGUAGAACAACUAGUUGACU